AUUCCUCGGAUUGAAAGGCUUCGCCAUCAGUCUCUUUCAGAGCGGCGUCCACACAAUCCUGCUGCCAGUCUUUUUUUUUCUUUUUUUUUUCUGUUUAUCAUGGCUUAUGACAAUUCAUUCCCUUUCACUGUUAACCCGACACUUUUGAUACCUCUACUAUGCUCCUUAUUUGUAUCCUUCAAUAAUACCCCGCUCUUAUUCGCACAAGGCCAGGUCAUCCCUGUUGCGAAUACACAAAUGCCCUUUGUCCGAGUUGGCUCGAGGUUGUUUGUACCGGGUGGCCCGCAGAAUUCCAAUAGUGGCUCAUAUUUCGCUUUGGAACUCUCAAAGUCUUGGUCUGUUGACACAGCAGUUUGGACGGCCCAUGAUUUCGGACGUUUUGUUAACGAAAAGACGUAUUAUGGUGUGGGUGAUAACCAAAUGCUUUAUAUGUUCCCUAUUGAUGGCGUCGAGGAUUACCGAAUCGACCUCACAGACCCAAAUGCGAAAUGGAGUGUUAUGAAGACAACUGAGCCCUUGGAGUGCGCCAUUUAUAUUCCAGUCAUCGACCCAAGGACUGGAUUGAUCUAUAGUGCUUCAAGUAAUCUCUAUGGUGAGAGCAUAUGCGUCUUUGAUCGAUCUACACAAACAUGGAAACUCAGCCAGGUCAGCAAUGGCACAUUAGCCGAGCGGAAUUAUGACGGUGCAGUUUACAACAGUGCUAGGAAUUCUAUCAUGUUUGGCUACAGAUCAAAAACACAGGGCGUUGUAAUAGCAGCGCACAUUACAGAGUAUCUUAUCGAUAGGAAUUCCUGGUCCUAUUAUUUUGUAAAAGGACAAACUCCUACCGAAAGAAGAGCAAACUGCAUGGCCAUCAAUGAUGACGCAUCCAAGAUUGUUGUCUUUGGAGGCCACACCCUUAACGCUGACAUUUCCAGUGCCACUUAUUCUUCAGAAAUAUUUGUAUUGGAUGUCAAUUCAAAAGAAUGGAAAAAAGGACCUAAUGCAAAUGAGCCACGAGGAUAUGCUGCUUGUACUCUUGUUGGGGAUCAAUUUGUGGUCUGGGGUGGAGAGAGAAAUAGAGCCGAAGCUCCCUUCGGAUCAGUCUUAGUAUUUGAUUUAACCCAAUUCGCAUGGGUCACAACUUACAAGGCUCCAAGCUAUCUACAAUCGCUUGAACCUACCAUCAUAUCGUCCACAGGGUCUCAGGGACCUUCAUAUACAACACUACCUGGUCCGACAAGUGAGCCUUCGACUAUGAGCAUUGAAGUGGUCAUUGGGAGUGUAGCAGGAGCCUCGGCACUAAUAGCCCUCAUCGGUGGCAUGCUCUUUUACAUACGACGGCGAAAGAGGAGUGAAGUGUGUGAAAUAGUUGAUGGGAAGAUUGAAAUCGAAGAUUGUUACUCUACCAGUAUACCCGAAUUUGAAGGGUGUGACAAGAUUGAAUACGCCUUUAGUGGUAAUCGUCAACCUUUUACUUCCCAGACUGCAAAAGUUACACAUAGCUCUCGUGAGCAAAACUACCGGAAGAAGGGAUCCCAGCUGUAGCCAUUUUUUUCUUUUAUCCUUGCCAGUAGAUCGUUCUCUGGAAGAAUGAUUUUAGGCUGGCUUGCUGAAGUACGAAAACUCCAAUAGCAUAGACAUAUCCAUGUACAUUACAAAUAAUUACAUUUUACACAAAAACCAUCAUAAAAAGUAAAAACG